GAGGUAUAUCAAUUUUGAAUAUAUAAUUUUAUAAAUCAAUUGGUAUAGUGAAAUGAGAAAUGAAACAUUUUCGUAACGAUUUUUCCCUUAUGACGGCAAGUAUAAUAGCUAGCUAGCAUAGCAUAACAAAUAUUCAAUUCUGCAAUGGUAGGCACUAUGCAACCACUCUUUCCAAGGAUUAUUGUAUUUUAAGUGGCCAAGGACGAAGUGUGUGUAAGAUGAUUAAGUCAACAAUUUUAGGGUGAAGGUUAAAUUUGAAUAGGGAAAUUGCAAUUGUUAUAAAUACUGUUGCCAGCUGGGGAACAAUAUUUAUUCAUAACAAUAUUUUUUAACAGUGCAUUCAUUCAGUUCAUAUGAGGACAGACUUUUACCUGAGAGAUGAGAGAUAAACUUUUAAUCAUUAGAUAAGAAAAUUAAUAGAGCAGAGGUUGUUUACGUUUUUGUCAGGAAGGUGAUAACACAACACGAAACAGAUUGACGUUUCUAUUUCCGAUGAAUUAUACAACAUACAUUGAAUUAAUGAAGUUUUAAUUGUUGUGAAAUCUUUUAAAAUAUGGCAUCAUUUUCCGGGAUAGGUUGCACAACUGGACCUUCUUUAGAUGGUUUGGACUUGUGUCAUGUCGAAUUUACAGGUGACGUGCAAACAGAUAUAUGGGGAUACAGAAUAAUGAAAGCUACGACAAUACCAUACACCCCGGAAUGGCAAGGAUUACUUCGAACAGCAUGCCAGCUUAGCGGGGAGCAGCUUAUUCGACUUCAUGUGGAGUAUGGACAUUUUGUAGGGCAAACGAUUGACGAAUUCAUUCAAACUGAAGGAAUAAACAAUUUGGAUUUUGUAGCGUCACAUGGGCAUACUGUUUUCCAUCAGCCAAAUUUGGGAUAUACAUUCCAGCUCGGAGAUGGUGAGACAACUGCUGUACAUUUAAGAUAUCCAUUUGUAUGUAACUUUGGUAAUAAAGAUGUUGCACUUGGUGGUCAAGGCGCUCCGCUAGUUCCUAACGGAGAAAAAUUUCUCUUCAGUCACAAAGAUAUAUGCAUUAAUUUGAGUGGAAUUGCUAACAUUGGUCUAAGGGGGCUUCAAGGGUAUGAUGUGUGUCCAUGUAAUUAUGUUUCAAAUAUGCUGGCUAAUCUACACGACUCUAAACUGGAGUAUGAUCCAGAAGGCGACUUAGCACGGACGGGUAAAGUAAUGGACGAUGUAUUACAACAGUUAGAAGAGCUAGACUACUACAAGCAACUCCCACCAAAGUCAAUGGAAUCAGAAAAGAUUGAAAAUAGUGUGCUACCAUUACUUGAUACUAAAAAAUACCAAAUUCCUGAUCUACUCAGGACAUUUGCUGAACACGUUGCCAACAGAUUGGCUGAUGCAUGCAAAGAUGGACGAAAUACGUUGCAUGCGGGAACUGUUUCCAAACAAAAUGGCGUAAUUAAAGUUUUAGUUUCUGGAGGUGGAUCUUUUAAUACACAUUUAAUCGAAUUAUUUCAAUCUAAGCUACUAAAUGAAGGAUUUGACAUUGAGAUUGCCGACAGGGACACUAUUGUGUUCAAAGAAGCGUUGAUAUUCGCUUUUCUUGGACUCCGCUGUUUGUUGAAUCAAGAAAACAUUAUGGCAUCUGUUACGGGAAGUAAAUUUGACUCAAUUUCCGGGAGUAUUCACCGUCCAGUUCAUUCAAGUAGUUCCGUUACGAGGAUAAUUCGAUUUUUGAUGGAGAAAAACAAACAACGCACAAACUCGUCAUCAUCAAUUUGCUCCAGCUAAAAGUGCAUCUGAUAUCGAGGACGGACUAAGGAUACGAGUUACUCCAAAAGUAUUUACCGACAAUUAAUGUUAUUUCUGUUUAUUCUAAGAUACAAAGUAUAAGCUAGCAAAGAUAACUCUCUUGGUUUUAAUUGCCAAAAAGACUGUAAAAAUGAUUUAUGAUCUGUUGUUAUAUAUUAAACGCAUUAAACUAUUCGAAA